ACACUCCCUGCCGGCGCCUCAGACCCCCGGCCGGGGCGGGGCUGGGACCGGGCGGGCGGAGCCAAGAGCUUCUCCCCCGCCACCCUGCCUGCCCGCCGGGGGACCCGCCCCUCCGGCGGCGGCGCUCAGGAGGGCGGGGCGGCGGGCCCCUAGGGUCAGUCUCCGCCUCGGACACCGGCCGCGCAGCUGGAGGCGGCGGAGCAGCAGCCCCAGCCAUGGCGGCCAUCCGAAAGAAGCUGGUGAUUGUGGGGGAUGGGGCCUGCGGGAAGACCUGCCUUCUUAUCGUGUUCAGCAAGGAUCAGUUCCCAGAGGUCUAUGUCCCAACUGUCUUUGAGAAUUACAUCGCCGACAUAGAGGUGGACGGCAAGCAGGUGGAGCUGGCUCUGUGGGACACAGCAGGACAGGAAGACUAUGACCGCCUGCGGCCUCUCUCCUACCCCGACACUGAUGUCAUCCUCAUGUGCUUCUCUAUUGACAGCCCGGACAGCCUGGAAAACAUUCCUGAGAAGUGGACUCCAGAGGUGAAGCAUUUCUGCCCCAAUGUCCCCAUCAUCCUUGUGGGGAAUAAAAAGGAUCUGCGGCAAGAUGAACAUACCAGGAGAGAGCUGGCCAAGAUGAAGCAGGAACCUGUUCGAUCUGAAGAAGGCCGGGACAUGGCAAACCGAAUCAGUGCCUUUGGCUACCUCGAGUGCUCAGCCAAGACCAAGGAGGGGGUGCGGGAGGUAUUUGAGAUGGCUACUCGGGCUGGUCUUCAGGUCCGCAAGAAUAAGCGCCGAAGGGGCUGUCCUAUUCUUUGAGAUCCUCAGGCCUCCCCCUUCUUCCCUGCACAUGGGUGCAGAUACUACCACCACCACUGCCCAGCCACAUUCUCUUAGGGCUUCUUGCCCAAGGCUCCCUUUCCUGGCUCCUUGGGGCCCGGGACUUUAUCUGGUUUCCCCUAUGGGCAGUGCUGGCAUUUUGCCCCUCCCAGCCUUCUGGGAACAGGGGCCUAUACCUUGUCCUCCCUGAGGCCCUCUUCCUGCUGCCUCGGUCCAGGGGUGGGGAUCUUCACCCCCAGGCCUUCCCUGGAGGAUCAUCACACACCAGCACUUUACACUCUUCUGGCUUACAGGAGUGUCUGAGGUGGGGGACUUGGAGGCUCUAUCCCAGAGUCAUAUCCCCCUCCCACCCCCCAGUGUUUCUGCUUUGGACCAGGGGCUUGUCUCUGGCUACACUUGAUGGUGGUGAUGGUGGGGGAGGCACCAAUAAAAGCCAGACUCCCUACAUGA